AUGGAAAGACGUGCCCAGCGGGGUAGUGGAGCAACUCCAACUAUGAGGAAUGUAACCUUCCUUCCUUCCUUCCUUCCUUCCUUCUUGCACCCAUCCUGCAGAUACAAGUGGUGGAGAGGCCCCGUCCUGCUUCAGGAAGACCAAGAAGAGGGGGGCCUCCUGGAGAUGACAAGGGUGCAUCGCCAAGAGGCAGGAGGGUACUCUGUCACUGCUGAGAGCCUCAGGGGCAUCGUCAACGCCUCAUUCAUCCUCAACGUCCUCUACGGACCGGAGGGCGUGAUGGCGCCCAAGAGAGUGACAGUAGACGAGGGCGGUUCCACUGUCAUCGCCUGUUCGGCCAUAGGGAACCCCACCCCCAACGUCACCUGGUUUACCCACAAUAAUAAUUCCAGUGUUCGCGAGGUGUUAUCUUGGGGGGUAAGUGAGGCUCGACUCCUGAUCGACUUCGUCACCAGAGCUGACACUGGCUUCUACAGGUGCCUGGCUACCAACGUCGUGGGGACUUCCAAACCAGUGAAAACAGCUGUCGUCGUCACUCAGGCACCAGAACCGUUGGAAGAGGAACCCUUCAGGGACGACCUCCCGAACAGACCAUGGGCCAAGUUGGGCGGGACGGGGCGCCUCGAGUGUUUCGUAAAAGCGGCGCCGGCGCCCAAUUUUCGCUGGACCAUCAAUGAAGAUCGAGUCUUGUUUAACAGUCGUAAAUACUUCGUGAGGGGGCCACAUCUAAUAGAUGGGUUAGCAGAGUGGUCUUCUGUGCUGGAAAUAAGGAGCGUCACAGACAAGGACUACACGACGUAUACGUGUACUGCAUCGAAUUACAUGGGAACUUUGACCUCCAACCACACGCUCGGCCCUGCCAUUCCACCCCUCCAGGCAUAUAACCUCAGCGUCGUUAGCGUCAUGGGUACCACUGCUUUUACUCACCUGGAUUCACCGAGUCAAGGAACCACGCCCUCAGGAUAUACACUUAGAUAUCGGCCGCUACACGAUGAGGAAUAUCUAGCCGUGGUGGAAGAAGAAAUGAAGCAGAAACCAAGUAGCAGCAGGCAACCUCGCAUGCCCCGUCCUGAACCCUUCUUGCUAAUGUCCCUUGACUGGGGCCAGCCCUUUUGGUUCCUUAAAAACCAUAUCCAUCAUUAUCUGCCUUUCAUCAGACCGCGUUCGGCCACGAGCAGGAAAUACUCCAGAUCGUCCCUGCAUGACACAAGCGACUUCUUCGACAGUCAGGGGGGAAACGAGGACGAAAUCUCCCUAGACACUGAAGACGAAAUCUUCCCCAGACAUCAAGUAUUGGGCGCGAUGGCCGUAUCACAAAUCGUCGGCAAUGGUCUCACGUCUCAAUAUUUUCGAUUGAAUCUUGACGCUGCACCAGGGUCGGCCGACCAAGAAGAGCAGCACUUCGUGGUGGUUCCCGAGAGCGUCGAGGUGAACCUCGGGGAAGACGUCGUCCUCAGGUGCGUCGUCAGGAACCAGCAGGGGAGAGUCCAGUGGACGUAA